UCUGGUGACUCCGUCGCUAUAGCAACGUUUAAACAAAACAAACCGUGUUGGCACAGCGCCGCAGAUUUUUGCAGUCUUCACCAUCACAGUAUUGAGCACUUUCUGUCAGUGCCUUUCACUCGACAUAAUCUGAACAUGGAGGAAGAAUAUACGGAUCCAAAACAGUCGCCUGAUCCCCCUGCGUUGUCCGAAAAUCAGGAAGCUAACAACCGGGUCAAGAAGGAGGUCAUUGAGGAGGCCCAGGAGAACCUGCCUGAGGGGGAGAAGGUGGACGAAAGUCAGAUCACUCCUCAGAAGAUAACCAACCUGCAGAGAGAGUUGACAGUGUUUGUGAGCAACAUCCAAACUGCUGUUGAUGCCAGAGAGUCAAUGCGAAGGAAGGAGGUGGAGGAGGCUCACAAAGUUAGAUCGGAGCGACUGGAAAAUCAUGUGAAGUCCAGCCAGGAGAAAUUUGAGGAGAUUACCAGAGGGUGGUUGAUAGUUAAGGAGAAGGCGACCCUUCAGGAGCUGCGGAAAGCUCGGGACAGCCAGCAGCAGCUGUGUGCUCUUCUAUUAGAAGACAAGAAAAAAAUCAUAAAUGAUCUGCAACAGGAGAUGAAGGCUGGAGACGAUCGCUAUGUGAAGGACUUGAGGAAGGAGGCAGAGGAGCUGGACCUGAUGAUUGAGAGAAUGGAGGACAACAUGAAAACCCUGAAAAAAGCCUACAGGGAGGAGAUGGGCCAGAUUAAGAGAGUUUAUCAGCAGCAAAAUGAAGUCAUACGUACAAGAGAUGUGACCGAAUGGGAACAACUCCUGACAGAACUCUGGGACAGAGAGCAAGGGAGGCUGCAGCAGAGGAGGGAAAAAGUGGAGGAGUAUGAAGAUGUAUUUCACAGACUGAUGCUGAAGAAUGUGGAUAGCCAAAACUCCAACCAGGUGGAAAACAAUGCAAAGAUUGCUCUGCAGGUUACGGAGAGAGAGCAACAAAAGAAAACCGUCGAUGAUAUGGUCAAAAGGCUAGCAAAAAUAAGGCAAGAGUAUGAGACAGAAGAACACAAGGUCAACCUGGGCUGUAUGAAGAAAAGGGCUUUAAGUCUGCAGGCAGAGCUGAAAAACCUAGUUACCCAGAACACCAAUUACGUGAAACGGAUAAGGGAGACCAGACGGCAUUUGUCAAAAAAAAUCAAACGCAGCAUCCAGCAGUAUGAACGCACACAGAAGAAAAUCAAGUACUUUAUAGUCGCUGAUGCUACAAAAUUUGAGGAGAUGUGGAUCACCGUUGAAGCAGAGGUGAAGCAACUAGUUGAGAGGGCUUUAGUUACUGACUCGCUGAUUUGCAAGCAGCACCUUGGCUUAGCCUGGAAGCGCCCUCCGAUGGCCUUCAUGGAGCUCUCUGGUCCCAUCCAGCCUCAGAAACAGGCCCAUAAGGCCGCCUCUGAGCUCUUUCCAACUGGACAGGCUUUACAGUGCAGCCAGGGGACGAUGGACACUUCAGACUGGCCUAGGCUGGAGGCUGAGGCUGAUAGCACAGACAUGGAAAUGUCCAAGGAAGGGACAGUGGGGCAGGGUGAGGGCGAUGCAGAGGUGGAGGACGGGAAGCUGUCGAUGGACACGUUGAAGAAAGUGAUGGAGCUGCUGUGUGAUGAAGCGGGCUUUCUGAUGGAGGAUGCACUCCUGAAGCUGCUGGCUCCCCUGGAGAAGGAAGAACAGAUUAUUGUGAAGAUGGGCUCUCUCCUGUGUUCCUUUGGCAUUGAAGAAGAGGAUGUGGCCAAGUUGGUUCAUUUCUUCUUAAAGGAAAAGACGGAGGAUGUUUGUGGUGAGCAGGGUGAGUCCAGUGACCAGGCAGAGGCAGUGGAAAGCAGCUCUACGUCUAAUCUGACCUCUGACCUCAUCCAUCCGAAUCAUGUCCUGCCUGCUCUCAAAAGUUUCCUCAAGCAGCACAUGAGGGAGAAGAAGCAGACCAGUUUUCUGGAAGUAGAAGUCCGGGAUAGUUCAGAGGACGAAGCCUACUGGGAGAGUAUGGGUAACAUAAUCUCUGAGGACAAAGUCAAACUCUGGGAAUUAGCAGAGACCACACUACACCAGUACCUAGAGGUUCUCAGCGAGAUCUCGGAGUUCAUCCCUGAGGCGGAGGGUCUGUGGCAGCAGAACACAGAGCUGCGGAUGCUGCUGGAACAAUCGCUCGUCUCCAAAGUCGUACAUCAGACGCCAUAGCACAUCAUCAAGGUGGAAUCAGCACAUGUAUGAACAUGUACUCAGUUUAUAUUCAUGGUAAAGAAGAAAGCCUCUAUGAGAUCAUUUUGUGGUUGCAGUUUUUAUUUUUUACAGCUCGA